UCAGCUAGAAACUUUGUGUGCCUGUGAUAUUAUUUUUAAGUGUAUAUACAGUUGAUCAUCGACUGCAGAGGGCAUGAGCGGCCAGCUUGACGAAUUUAUCAUUGUUUGUUGAUUUCGAGUAUUCGGCAACCGACCGCCAGGAAAAUGGCGCUUGUUUCUAAAGAUAAAUGGAAAGUAACCUCAACAGUGAAAAUGUGCCGGUCGAAUUUUCGUGUCAGGGUGGAUCUGUGCAAAUUUUACAACGAUGUUCGUCGGUUUUGUUGGAUUUUCGUGGAUGGCACGAAAAUGCUGCGGAUCGCCCAUGCGGUUGAUCACAUCACAAAACUGUUUAAUAUCAAAGAGCCGUUUCAUUUGUUGUUAAAUGAGACCGAGUAUUUGCCACCUGACGAGGAUAUUCGUGUUCUCAAGGAAAACGAGACAAUACUUGUUUGUCCAGGAACGGGACUAGAAGGGGAGACAGAGUUACCAACAAUAGCAAUCAAUACAACGGUUCCAGAAGUUCGGGACAGUUUUGCGAAAACAGAAAUAAUUAGUAAUUUGGUUUUACACAAAGAGUCGCAGACUAAUUUUUAUUCUGUCCAAUCAGAGCCAAGUGUUGUUGAAAAGAACGAAUUAAUUGAUGCUUUAAAUAGGUCCCAGAAUGAUGCUUUAGAAACUAGUAGUAUGAUAUAUGACAGAACAGAAGAUGAAAUGAACAGUACAAGCGACUCGAAAGUAGAUGGGCAGAUUCUCUCCGAUUUAAAUGUAGACAGUAGCUUGCGUCUGAAAAGGAAAAGAACAAGAACAAGGAGGAAGAAGAAGACACAGGAGGUUACGAAGUCUGUAAAAACUGAGCUUGUCACUAGGAAACCCAAAAUAAUAAAUACUUAUGUGAUAUCUACCAGCAAGCAUAUAAGGUUUGAUAAUCUAGACAGUCCAGAAAUCGUAGAAAAGGAAAUUACUCCGAGCAAUAAGAUGAACGGAUCUUGCACCAUUGAAGAAGCACCUUCUGAGCUUGCUAACCUGUUAUCUCUGGGUGAAAAUUCUACUCCGGUUACUUUCACAAACUCGCAGGUGAAGCAGGAGAUCAAACUCGAACACGUAUCCGAUGAAGAGAAUAAAUUGGAGAAUAACAGCAAGAGCAACAAUGUGCUCAAACAGUUGCAAGAAGGGAGAGAAUUAACAAGUAAAGAUCUCGAAGCUUGUCCAGCUCUGAUAGCAAAACCUGAACUGAAAGAUAUAGUGGCGUUCAAGAUGCUCAAAAUUGGUUCGGAUUAUACACCACAGGUUUCAGAGUUCAUCGUGGCCAAAGUAAUAUCGUAUUGUCCUAAAACUCUACUGUACACCUUUAAAGUGUUAUAUGGCUUAUCCGAGGUUCAAGUACCAGUUGGAAAAUUUACGCUUAUCGAAGAUGAAGAGAUCCAAACAGUAAAUGACACUAUAACAAUAAAUAUUGCCCAACUAAUAGAACCACGGAUCGUGUCCACGACUGAUGCGGACAAAGUACCAACCACCACUGAGGCAUGAGCCACUUUAAUAAAUCGCGUUAACAACCGAUAUAUUGUAAAUCUUUUAAUAUUUUUUUAUAUUUUAUGUUGAGAACCAUAUGUGUAUCAUCGUAUCAGUAAAUAAAAUGCAUCGUUACUUUUUAACGACCAGAACUAGACGUGACUACCGACACGUGACCGAAAAAUGUCGGCGCAUACUAAUCGACGAAUACGACUUAUUUAGAUCGUACGAUAAAGAAACGCUAGUAGUCUCUUCCAACGAAACCAAAACAAAUACAUUAUAAAACAAUAAAUAAUUUGUACUUUA